AUGUCAGGACUCUUGCACAAGGCAGAAGAUGCCCUCCACGGGCACCACCACGACCCGAACAAGUCUGCCGACCACACAUCUCAUCAUGCUACACAGAGAAAUGAAAAUGAGUCGCAUGGUAACCAUGCUCAAAAACAUCACCACCACGAUGCCAUCGGACACCACCCUGGUCAUCAUCACUCCCACUCGACAGAUACAACAAACAACGACUUCCAGGCGGAUCGGAAAUAUGAUCACGCUCUGAAGGGGGGUAGUGCUGGUGUGGGAUUUGAGGAGUAG